AAACGUCAACGAGCCAGUGAACAUUAAGCGGAGCAGACCAAAAUCCCAAACAAGGAAAUGGUGGGGGAAUAAAACGACUAGAUUAUUUAAUUAAUGCAUGUAAUAAUUAAUAUUUUAUUUUAUUGUAAUUUAAGACGUAUUUAUGGGUUAAAAUGGAUUACGACUUCAAAACAAAGCUGGCAGCCGAGAGGGAGAGAGUCGAAGAUCUGUUCGAAUAUGAAGGUUGCAAAGUGGGUCGAGGCACCUACGGGCACGUUUAUAAAGCUAAGCGCAAAGACGGGAAAGAUGAGAAGGAAUAUGCACUGAAACAAAUUGAAGGCACUGGAAUAUCUAUGUCAGCCUGCAGAGAAAUUGCUAUUCUUCACAUAUUUCUGAUGUGUGUGUUCCAGCUUUUACGAGAACUGAAGCACCCGAAUGUGAUCGCCCUUCAGAAAGUGUUCCUGUCCCACAGUGACAGGAAGGUGUGGCUCCUCUUCGACUACGCUGAACAUGAUCUGUGGCACAUCAUUAAAUUCCACCGCGCCUCCAAAGCCAACAAAAAGCCCAUGCAGCUACCCCGAGGGAUGGUGAAAUCUCUCCUGUAUCAGAUUCUGGAUGGGAUCCAUUACCUCCACGCCAACUGGGUGCUCCACAGGGAUCUGAAACCAGCCAACAUCCUGGUGAUGGGAGAAGGUCCUGAACGAGGAAGAGUUAAAAUAGCUGACAUGGGGUUUGCCAGACUCUUCAACUCUCCUCUGAAGCCACUGGCGGACCUUGACCCUGUGGUGGUGACGUUCUGGUACCGGGCCCCUGAGUUGCUCCUUGGGGCCCGGCACUACACCAAAGCUAUUGAUAUUUGGGCAAUCGGCUGCAUCUUUGCGGAGCUGCUAACGUCGGAGCCCAUCUUCCACUGUCGCCAGGAGGACAUCAAAACCAGUAACCCCUUCCACCAUGACCAGCUCGACAGGAUAUUCAGUGUGAUGGGGUUCCCUGCAGAUAAAGACUGGGAAGACAUUAGAAAGAUGCCAGAGUACCCCACACUGCAGAAGGAUUUCAGAAGGACAACGUAUGCAAACAGCAGCUUAAUCAAGUACAUGGAGAAGCAUAAAGUGAAGCCUGACAGCAAGGUUUUCCUCUUGCUCCAAAAACUGCUUACUAUGGACCCCACCAAAAGAAUCACAUCAGAGCAGGCGCUGCAGGACCCCUACUUCCUGGAGGAGCCAUUACCAACCACAGAUGUGUUUGCUGGGUGUCAGAUCCCCUACCCAAAGCGAGAGUUUCUUAAUGAAGAUGAGCCUGAGGAGAAAACAGACAAGACCCAGCAGCACCAGCAGACAACGGGCCAGACCCAGGCCCAGACCCAGCAGCAGGCGGCAGCUCAGCAGGCCCCCUCCCAGCAGACCUCGGCUCAAACCAACGGCGCCACGGGGGCUACCGCCGGAGGCGGUAUGCAACACGGUCAGGAUCAGGGCCAGCCCAACAAGAAACCUCGGAUCGGGCCCCCUGGGGCCUCCUCAGGCACAGGAGUGCUACAGUCAGAGUAUCAGCAGCACUCCAGCUCCCGGCUUGGUUACCAAAGCAACGUCCAGGGGUCCACUCAGUCUCAGAGUACCAUGGGAUACUCCUCAUCAUCCCAGCAGAGCUCCCAGUACUCUCACCAGACGCACCGCUACUAAGAGUCCUAAAGCUGCCCCCCGCUUCUGGAACCAGCAGAGGAUACAACUCCUCAUCUUUUACCAACACCCAGCAGCCUUCCUCAUCUUGGUUGGACCGUAUUCUUAGAUGACAUCAUUCCAUCUUGGCCUUCCUCCAUUUCAAGUUGCUCUCACAUGUCAUCUUAUUUUCUGAAACAUGAAGGCAAACACAAGGAGGAGCCCAAAAAAAAUAAGGUUCUGGCUGGGGGGGCUGGUGAAACAAUUCUAAAGCAACCUAAAACUAAACGCAAAAGGGAUGUGAAGGCAUCAUGCAGACUGAGAAUCAUGGCACUUAUAGAUGCAACGUUCCUCAGCAGGAAGAUUUGCAGCUGUGUUCAUAUAUGUAUAUUAUAUAGCACCUUUUUUUAUUUGAUUUUUUGUUCCAUUGCUUGUUUGCUAGAGGUUUCAAGUUUACCUUGAUAGUUGAUGUCAUUCUAAAUAUUGUUACACAUGUUACGCAACAGGAUGCAACGAAGACCUUCACUCUCAUCUCUGUUGUAUGAUCAGAAGGAAAGGAGCAAACGCUGGAGUUAACCCUGUCCUUUUAAAUGCAACACUAACACAGAAACUCCUGGUUCCACACAGGGGAAAAAGUCAGCUUUUGAGCUGACGUCAGUGCAGGGAAAUAUUAAAGCGCAGUUUAUUGGAAGCUUUGUAAUAUAGAAUGUGUAUAUUUAGAUCCAUUCAUCUCAAGCUGGAUUUGGAAAGCAAGCAGUCAUCUUUAUAUAGUGCUACCUUCUGGAUAUUCUGAUCAGUCCAGCGCUUUUGGAGAUAAGCAGUUUGUUCCUUAUGAUGAUGACAGCGGUUUCAGGAGCCCGGACACUUCCUGUUUGUGCCGGUAGAACUUUUGUUCUGAUACCCAUCGUCAGAACUUCGAAGGCCUUUUUUUUAAGUUGUAUUUUAAACACAGAUGUAACGUGCGCAUUACGUACAGGGCAGCUAAAAUUACCCUGCCUUCCCCAACAUAUGCUUCUUGAGACUGUCUAAUGCCUAAUGUAAGAUUUUGUUGUUGUUUUUUAAGGUCUUAUUAUUAUUGUUAGGCUGAGUGUGUGUGAGUGUGAGUGCAUGUAUGACUUUUGUUUGCAUGUUUUUAAGCCUUUAAAACUACUAGAAUUGCACUGAGCGCUGAACCUGUCUGCAAUGAGCUGGAACAAACAUUGGGUGAGUUUUUGUCACCUGAGCUUUUGCCUUCUUCUCCUCUGCCUAAUUUGCCAAAAUAUUUUAGACAAUUGUUCUCAUUUGGCCACAUUUAUAGAUAACUGGUGUGUUCUUUACUAUUUUAUUAUGUCUAAUCUUUUAAACUCUGAAGCUUACAUUCCCCUUUUAUCACAAUGAAUACAAUAUUAUUUUUUGAGCCAUUCCUUUUUUAAGGGAGGGUUUAAAACUUCAGUGAAUUUUGAGGCAAACAUUUUUAGUAACCCUAUUGCAAAUGCUCUCUGCUUACUGAAAGUGAAGUCAGUUCUAGGAAGCUAACCAAUAUUCUGUAAGCUCGACUUGUGGUUUCUUUGGAAUUUGCAAGAGACAUUUAACCACAUUUUAGUUGGGGUGUAUGUAUUUAUUUGAGCCAGCAUGGGUCAUUUUGACACUGUGUGGAUUUGGGAAAAUGUACGCCGAACUUGUUUGUUGUAUUGCCACACAACCCAGAAAAAGCCUGCCUUGUAAAAGCAGUUUUUGUAAAAAUUGCUUUGUAAAAAGUCUAAAAUUAAUAUGACAUUAUUGGACAUGAUGGGUUAAUGUAAACGUCUGACCCACACUGCUGUUGUUUUGUAUUUAAUUACUUUGAGUCCAUCAUUGACAAAACCUGUGUGUGAGAAUAAGGUGGACCCAAAUCUAAUGUAUUGACUUAUAAGGAAAGCUUUCCUUAGAGUUACAUGUGGCUGUAAGAAGUGUCCAGAGCUGCCACCUGUAGCUAUUUACAGUUUUUCUAGUAUUAAGGGUAGAGGUAGAAAACUGCCAGACUGACACUAAAUAAUUUUUUGGACUAAUUAUUUUGUGCAGUUGUUAAGACGUAAGAGCACCAUGCUUUAUUUCUGAGGUCUUUACAGGUCCUAUAAUGAGGUAAAUGCAACCUCAGAGUAACAACACAUGAAAUAUUACCUUUUGCUAUUGUUGAAUAAACGCUAAUUCCUCAUGCAGAAGCAGUUUAUGAAGAUGUCAGCAGCUUGGAGUACCACCUUUAGCAGUAAUAUCUGAAAGGACUUGUCUCCUGUAUGACUUCGCCAGUCUCUCACAUUAUUUUGGGGAAAUUUCGGCAAACUUUUUUUCUAUUAUGUUAAAUUCAUUGAGGGAAAUGAGCCUUUAUUUCUGACUAGUUCUCGUCUAAGGUCACACUGCUGACUUUCUUUCUGGUUGAGGUCUGGACUUUGACUGGACCAUUCCAACACUUUGAUUCCUUUCUUUUUUGUGUCAUUCUGUCAGCAGAUGGCCUUACAUUUGAGUUUGGAAAACGUAGGUAUACAGAGGAGCCCAUAUCAUGACCCCGGCACCUCCAUGCUUCACAGUUGGUCUGAGAUGAUGCAGUGUAUUAUGACCAGCCAUCCCCAUGUUGGUCUUAAAUAUCAUGACAUUGUUCCAAAAAUCAUUUAGAUGCAAUUUUGCAAACCUAAGUCACAUUGCCAUGUUUUUUUCAGAGAAGCUUCCUACACACCACCCUGCCAAGCAAGCUACUCUUAUUUAGUUUUUUCUACUGUUUUGUUGCAAACAUUAGCAUUUAACAUGCUAUCUGAUGCUUGCAGAACCUGAGAUGGAGCUGUUGGGUAUUUAGGACUUUUCUGAGCAUUGCAUGGGUAUAUUUGGAGCUGAACAUACCCUAAUGUGAUAAUACUAAGAACUCAAUGAGGCUGUGUUUCCACAGUAUAACUCUCAAGAAGGUUGCAAGUUUGAAGCAUGCAGUCGAUAUAGUGGUUAUAUGGAGAUUUAGUUUGUUGAAGUGUUUCCACUUUAUUGUGACUCUGCAUUUCAGGGUGAUAAUAAUGUUGUUGGCCUCUGUUGUCAGGCCCCAAUGAUAACCUCAUCCUUAGUACCAGGUGAGCUGUAAAUCCACCUCAUUCAAAGCUUUAUAUUAGCUAACUACUUUAAAUUAGGUAAACACAUUACAGCCUUAGUGAGAUACAAAAUCAUGCUUGGUGUUUUUACACUGCUGUAGUGUGAUUUUUGUUGUAUAUUGUCUGAACAUUAUGAAUCACGACUUGACCAUUUUCUUCAUCCUUCUGCCUGGUCACAUGAUCAGCUGCUAUUCAGACCGUAUUAAAGAACGCACCCAGUGAGUGGACUGUGGGUGUGUUUGUGUUUGCCUUCUCACAGACGUGAACCCAAAAUAUUACAGGCCACCAGAUAUGUUGCCUGUUAUAGAAUUAGAAAAAACACUGACACCUGGUGGCUGACAACAGAACUGAACCCCAGCUUUUAAUGAAACCAUUUUCGUUAGAUGCUGCAGGAGUUGAAGCGUGACCUAAACGUUUCAUAAUAAACCAUAACAUAAUUUCCUUUUCAGGUAGAGGUUUAUCUGUCUGUUCGUUGACAGAAUCUUGGAAUUUGGAGGAAUUGAUUUGGUGAACAGAGUGAUGAACAACAAACAAAACUCUGACAGUAAACAGAGAACCAUAGUGAAACCAGGAAAAAGUUUACGGUUAUGAAAUUUGUUUGAUAGAAUUAAUACCCAACAAUAAAGUCUGAUCAUAAAUUCACACCUCUCGGCAUAUAAUCAUGAUUGCCAUAUGUCAUCUGUAAAGUUGUCUCCCUAGGCUUUGUUUGCUUUUACUUGUUUUGACUGAGAUUUCUUAGCUUCCAGGCAGAAACUGGAAAUUUAGUUUUUCUCUCUGAAGUCUGUAUGGUUGAGUUAUUUUGUAUGUUGUGUUUUUAUGUUUCUCCUCUUCUGUUGUGGCAUUCUGGCAGACGGGUCCCACAGGCUGGGGGGAGGCAGGGUUGGGUCAUGCAUGACGCCGAGAAUCAAAACCAGCAGCUACAUUUGAAGGUUUUCCUCCUCCCUUCAGCAUUCAUAGGAGAAGUGAGCUGCAGCAAAGAUAUCUGAAUACACUUUGUUGUACAUUUCUCUCUCCAAAAGAAGCGAGGUGUCACAAGUAUUAACUGAGCGCUAGGCACAAGUGAGUGACAGGUUACCGUCAAACUACUCCUAUGCAAAGAAAUCCCAGACUAAAGCUUUCACCUGUGCUUAGCUUCUGCAGAUCACAUGUUUGAUGUGUCUUCGUUCCUGUUGUGAUUGUGACUCCAGCACGCUAACAGUGCUACCCUUUGUCUUCUUUUCACUUCCUUUUAAAAUGUAUGUUAAAUGAGCUAUUUUAAAGAAAUGCAUAUAUAUCAAUAUUAUACAAUCAUAUUUAUUAUUUUCAUACAUCUGCAUCUAGUGGACUGUCCUCUGCCUUAACUAUGACAGCUGUAACACUGGGCCUUGGUUCUUUUCCACUGCCAGCAUGUGUGUAUGGGCCCCAUAUGGGUUUUGGUCAGGCAGGUUGGGUACUGGUUGGGUAGAUCUGAGCUCAAUAUGAGUUCUCUGUAUUGGGUCCACUUGGGUUGUCUAAACGGAAAGCCUUAUAGUGUAUCCUAAUUGGGAACCCUGUAUAUCUCCUGGCUGGGUCUCUAAUUGUAAUGAGUAAAACUAUUCAAAAUAGUCAACACAACUAGGACCCAUGUGGGUCCUCAUUUUCCUACAUCAAACUUUUAUAGGACGUUAAUAUUGGGCCAUGAUGCACAUGAUGCAUAUAUAUGUUUGUGUAUAUAUGUGUGUGUAUGUGUAUGUGUGUGUAUAUAUAUAUAUAUACACACAUACAUACACACAUACAUAUUGGCUGGCUCCUUUCCAUGAGCUCCUCUAAAAUGAUUAGUUUCUGAAUAUGUGCCAGGCACCUCUCUGUAACAAUCAGAAGGUGACUAUGCAGUUUGGGAUCACUCUCCACCUUGUCCUGCUCCCAUCCCACCUUAGUCCCACAGCUAUCUUCUUAGUACUGAAUGAUGAUGAUCCACCUUUUACUUUGUGUGGAUGGUGCCUUUUUUGUUGUCCAAACUUGCCAUUUCAGUUUGUUUUCUCUGCCCUUUUUAAUACUAGCAGCUAAGCAUCCACAUUUGACUUCAUUUUGACUCGUCUCACCUCAGAGGACUGCAGAGUCCUGAUGGAGGCUGAGCGUGUCUUUUCUCUGCUAACAGAUAUUAUUGCCACACAUUACUGAAGCGCACUUAUAAAUCUGUUUAGAGAUGCUGUAUAUAAACACAUUUUAAGACUUCAACAUUGAGAUACUAAUGAGAUAAUUGUCUUCUAAUGCACUGUUGUUACUAAGAUACCUACAUAGUGAUACGAUUAAAAAAGUAUUUACUGUUCUUUAUUGUCUCGCUUUGGACACUAAAGUUCCUGGCGGUGCACACUAUUAAAGUCUGGUGCACCUGUAGGCCACUCUCCUUCUCUUCUUGCUGUUUCUUGAUAGUGUUGCAUGUGCCUGCCUUUUUUCCAGUGGAGAACAUUAGCACUUAUUGUCUCACAGUUUGUACAGACGGACAGAUGUUCCACCCACACAGCUCAGCUCCUGCCAUUCCUGUCGUGCCAGGCAUUCAUCAGUGCUUUUAUUUGUCAUUAGUGGUGUUGCCCCUGUUGCAGAAAAAACGACAACAUAAAUCUCUGCCCUAGUUUCCCUCGUUGCUGGAUGCCCCAAAAAGCUCCCAGUGAGCUGCAGCAGGAAACACAGGGUUUUGCGGGUUGGAGCAUCUGUCCACUCUCCUAUCUGUAUUUUGUAUGAGUGUGUGUGAGUGUGAGUGGGCCUGUACAUGUGCACAUGACUUUGGAAUCUACAUAUGGCCUAAAUGUGUUGUCCUUUCAUAGCGUUUAUAGAUAAGGCAGCAAUAGCUCAGUGCAGGAAAAUCAGAAGAUGUUUAUUUAGCUGCUUUUAGCAAACUUGUCCAAAAGUCACUGUACAAAUGACUGUUAAAUGAGAAAAAGGUCAUGUAUAUUUAUUUUAUAUCCUCUAUAAUAAAAACCUCUUUUGUCUGA